AGCAGCUCUGUCUCAGAGACCAAUGGACACCCCAACAGUAUCGCCACACCUUCAGAGCGGCGGUCCUCAAUGCUUCCACCCAAGAUGGCCCCUCUCAAUAUGUCUGGCAACCCGAUUCUUGAAGAUUUUCCUCAGAAUGACGAUGAAAAAGAGCGAAUGCAGCGGAGGCGCUCCAAGGUCUUUGACCUGCAGUUCAGCACAGACUCACCUCAUUUGUUAGCUUCCCCCUCCAGUAGGAGUAUUGAUAGUUCAGUCACAGCACCCAAAUUUACGAACACACAGAUCACAGAGCAUUAUUCCACCUGUAUCAAAUUGUCUGCUGAAAAUAAAAUCACUACAAAGAAUGCUUUUGGCUUACACCUGAUUGAUUUUAUGUCAGAGAUUCUAAAGCAGAAAGAUACCGAACUGACCAACUUUAAAGUGGCUGCGAGCACUCUGGAUGCCAGUACCAAGAUCUAUGCUGUGCGUGUAGAUGCUGUUCAUGCUGAUGUCUAUAGAGUCCUUGGGGGACUGGGAAAAGAUGUGCCAGAAGAAGAAGAGAGCCGUGAUGCAGAUGGAAAUGCUCCUGAAAUGGAAACAGUCAAAAAGGCACCUAAACCAAAAAAGAAGCAUUCCUACAAAACCAUCGAGCAGAAUAUUAACAACCUCAACGUCUCUGAAGCAGAUCGGAAGUGUGAGGCUGACCCCAUGUUCCAGAAAACUGCAGCCUCCUUUGAUGAGUGUGGCACAGCAGGUGUGUUCCUCUCCACCCUCCGCUGCUGUGACUAUAGAAGUGAGCUGCUCUUUCCUUCAGAGGUGCCGGCACUUUCUUCACAAGCACCUCUUGAGUUGCCUGAUUUAGGUUGGGUCGAAAUGACGGAUUUAAAAACCCACUUGGAGCAGUGUUUGGAAGAUCGCCAGAUCUGCCCUUCGCUGGCUGGAUUCCAGUUCACCAAGUGGAACAGUGAGACACAUAGUGAGUCUGUGUCAGCCCUGAUGGACAAAUUUAAGAAGAAUGAUCAGGUGUUUGACGUCAGUGCUGAGAUUGAAGAGAGUGACUGUGGGGACUUCCCUGAAGGGCCCCUGGAGGAUGACUUCGAUGCCAACGAUGAAGCUGACCACACCACAGUGGGGAGCCAUGAAGAGUUCAGGAGCUGGAAGGAGCCCUGCCAGGUUCAGAGCUGCCAGGAAGAUCUCAUUCCCCUCGGAGAUGGAGACAUUAGGACCAUGUGUCCUCUUCUGUCCAUGAAACCUGGAGAAUAUUCCUACUUCAGUCCCCGCACCAUGUCCAUGUGGGCUGGCCCAGAGCAUUGGCACUUUAGACCUCGACGCAAACAAGAUGCUACCUCUCAGUCAGAGAAUAGAAAGAAGAAUACAAAGAAGGAUUUUGAAAUCAACUUUGAAGAUGAUACUGACUUUGAUGCAUAUUUUCAUAAAACAAAGGCUGCCACUGUUCUGACCAGGAGCACCUUGGAGAACCAGAAUUGGAGAGCUACCACUCUUCCUACAGAUUUCCAUUAUGAAAUUGAUAACCUCAUUCAGUUGUAUCUUAAACCAGGUGUCAGGUUACUUAAAAAAUCCCAGGAACAGAAGGCAGGAAGUGAGCGGUAUGAAGAAAUUGACGAUUAUGAUUACAACAACCCUAACGACACAUCCAACUAUUGUCCUGGCUUACAGGCUGCUGACAGUGAUUAUGAAGAGCCAGAUGAUUUAUUUGUGGGGUCAUCUGGGGCCUUUGACCUUACACUUGAUUCUUGCCGCCCCUCUAAAACACCACAAGAGAAUAAUGAUGCUUCUGAAGAAAUGCAAGGAAUAGACAUCAUGACUUACGGAGAAUCAAAUCUGGUGGCUGAGCCUCAGAAGGUAAAUAAAUUUGAAAUUCAUUAUGCAAAGACUGCCAAAAAGAUGGACAUGAAGAAGCUGAAGCAGAGCAUGUGGGGUUUCCUGACGGAGCUCUCAAAGAAGCCCGCAGAGGCACAGGCAAACCAUAGUGAAACAGAGAAAGAGGAUGCAGUAGAGGUGGCGGAUGAGAAGCUGUUCAGUGACGUCACAAGGGAACUGAAGAAGAGCCUGCCUUCCCUCAUGGCUCAGAACCUUUCCAUACCAUUGGCUUUUGCCUGUCUUCUACACUUAGCCAAUGAAAAGAAUCUGAAGCUGGAAGGAACCAAGGAUCUCGCUGAUGUUCUUGUGAAGCAAGGGGAUUGA